AUGGACGAGACACCGGGGCCGCAGCCCUCCAACCAUGCUGCAGCCUUGUCUGCAGCCUCUACCGCACACUACCUGUCCAGCCACUUCGCCUCCGUCGAUACAAUCUCAAGAUCAAACUCCCCUGGUCCGCCCUACACAAAGAAUGAUGAGGACGACAAGAAGCGAUACCGCCCCCGCACAUUCAGCUACUUCAAUCACCUGCCCUUUCCCGUCGAAGAGGAAUCACAGCGCGAUGCUGCUCUGGCCGGUAUUCUCAAGCAUCUAUACAUCGCCAUCAAGGCUGAAGACUUUAGCCCUGGUGCCUUGCACUGGACAAGAGAGCUCACAGGGUGGCUGAAUCUCAAGUUCGAGAUGACGCGAGAGCUUCGCUCAACCUUGGCCAAGCUCUACUAUCACCUGUGUCUCGCUCCAGGCCUUGAGCCAAGUACUGCCGACCGCUUCCUGCGCAUGGUUGUCAUCUUGACGAGAAAGUACCACUACCUCAAACCCGUCGAUGACCUCCUACUCGAUUGGCGCCCGUUAUGGCGCGAGAUCAAGGCCCUGGUGCUCCCCUCAGAGGUGGCUUCACACCAGACAAACCGGCGCCGCUCCCAAAAGCAGCUGUGGAAGCUAUGCCUCCAUGCUCAGACAUACUUCGAUCCCAAGGACCGCAAAGAGAUGCUCGACGAGUUCCUGCCCUACUUUAGCACCUCGGAUGUCUCCAACGCCUACAUCGUCGUCGGAACUAUCAACGCGCUACUUCCCACCGAUGCUGCCCCCGAAAACGUGCCGUGCUCCCAGCCGCAAGAGUUCAUGCCUACACUAUUCCACCUGUGGUCUUUGAUCUCGAGAUCCAAGAGCUUCGAUGUCUUCUUCAUUGACCUCUACUCUCGCAUGGCAAGGGACUUUUUGCAGGCCUCCAAUACAUCAUUCGAUGCCCACGGUAUCUUUACCAGGGAACAGUCUGAUUGGAUUUUCACGGCUAUUCUCCGCUUGACAGAGAUUCCGGUCGGCCAGUCCAACUCACCAUACUCGACUCUCGACUACUCGUCAGGCUUGGGCCUGUAUCUCGAGAAGGACAAGAAGAAAUACCCCACGGCUUACAUGAUUGCCCGGUGGAUUGUCUACUCUUUGUCGCCCAAGUGCUUGGAGCAAGAAAGCUCCAUUCUGGCGAGUCUCGAGGGCCUUCUAGAAGCCAUCGACACCUUCUACCACCCCUCCAACGUGGGAUCAUGGACCACCUUUUUGGGACAGUUUACAGUAUACCUAACAGAUAUCUUUGUGUCUCGUUGGAACCGCGAAAAGAGCGGCGAACUGGAUACGCCUGAAGAUCGCAAGAUCACUCCCGCCUUGAAGCAACGAUUCGUGUCUGCGCUCAAGGAGGUCACAUAUAUGGGACUGUUCUCCAAGAGUAACAGAGUUGCGCAUUACUAUUACGCGUCGCUUCAAGGAUUGGCAUACCUCGAGCCCAAUCUCAUCCUACCUGGAGCUUUGCAGCGAUUUUACCCAAGUUUGCAGGGUCUCGUUGAAGUACACCGGACAACGUCAAGUCUGAACGGCCUGCAAAUGAUUGCCAACGUUAUGUCAAAGACCAAAGGCUUCCGCUGCCACAUCACCGCUCUUCUGGCUCUUGCCCUUCCUGGUAUUGAUGCCAACGACCUGGGCAAGACCCAGUAUACAUUGAACUUCUUCCAGAGUGUCGCGUAUAGCAUUCCCAUGGUGCCUCUCGUCAAGGACGGCGAUUAUGUCCACGACACCAGCCUGGCCAUGCAAUGGGUACAGGGUGAGAUGGAGCGCAUGGAGCGUGAGGGCCAGGAUAUCAAACUGGACUACGAAACUGAACUUACCGAUGAGGAUGAAGCAAACGUCCUUAGAUCAUCAACAGCGGGACUCGGCGAGUUCGUCAUCGCCCUUUUGGGCAAAGUCUUUACGCUGUUGGAGAACCUGCCCGAUGCGUCCCAUAUACGGGGAGGCACGCCGGAAGACAAUGUUAUCAACGCGUUGCCGGCAGCUCUCUCACCUCUCUUCGCAUCGCUGUCCCCUGAGCUAUUCGACACGGCCCUCGAGAAGCUCGCCUCCUUCGUUUCGACCCAUGUCGUCCACCAGGCCAGAGACGCAAUGGCCUGGAUUCUCAACGCCCUCUGCAAGGUGAAUCCGGAAAAGACUCUCAAGGUCUUCAUUCCCAUGCUCAUUGUCAAUAUUCGAAAUGAAAUUGACUUCAAUCAUGCUGCAUCAGACCGAAGCAGCGGUACUGACUACUUGCCAAGAGAUCGCGCUCUCGUUUGGCACGUAAGCAUGCUGGGUAUGGCUGUUGUACAUGUUGGUAAUGAGGUUUUGAAAUACCAGACCGAGCUCCAUGACAUCGCCAAAUACAUGCAAGAGAAGUGCCGUGGUCUACCCACCAUUCACAUUUCCAACUACAUUCACCAUCUGCUACUGAACUUGACCCACACCUAUCCCAUCGACACCGCUUUGUAUGAGCCCGACAUCAUUAAGCGCGGACUCGACGUCACCGACUGGGGAAAGACAACCUCUCCGGCCGACCUCACGAUCAAGUGGCAUCGCCCUUCGGCUGGAGAAGUACAGUUUGCCCUGGAGCUGUUCGAUUCUCAGACCAAAGCAGCUACAAAGAAGCUGGAUCUCUUAAUGAGCGAAAAGCCCCCAGUUAGCCGAACGGGAAAGAACAAGGAGUGGUCCGAUGAGGUCUCCCGAUUGUUCCAGCAGAUUAGGCUGGUCAUUUCGGGAGUGGCAACAUUGUUCGAUGCGCACCGCGCUUCCGGCGAGAGCCCGAAUGGUCAAUCCAGUGUCGACGGCGAAGGCGACACGGAAAUGAACGACGAUGAUCCUCUUGCCGAGGCGGCCGAGGACGAGGAAACGCGACCUCAAUACCGCUAUGAUGCUGGAUAUCUCCUCACUGUCGAAGAUCCUGCCUACCACAAGCUGCAUGAGCUAAGAGAAGACGUCGGACAGCUGCUAUGCCGAAGUCACGAAUUCCUCAACCAAAACCAAGAAGACGAUGUCUCUUGCUUCACGACGCUAUAUGCGGCCUAUCGAACCUGGAUUACCGACGUCGGCAUCGAACGGUCAGCCCAUCCACUCGAAAGACACCUUCGCCUCUACAAGUCCGACAUCUCUGCAUUUAAGAUCAGUGGCCUUCGCAAGGUUUACCCAAGACCGUUGCUGAUCAAGCGAGCGGAUGCGUACCAACUUCUACGUGUCAAGCACAACGCAUCGGCGCGACAGAAGAGCGACCUAGAUAAACAACUCUUGCUUAAUCUUGCCCAGUCAUCUGUUUCGCCUUACGCCGAUGUCAGACGUGUCGCACAAAGCGCCCUCGACUCAUCUCUCAAGGCCCUGAUUGGCGGCCGGCCUCUCGUGAUCCCAAUUCUUCUGGACAGACUCCGGGUGGCUCUGGACGAUGUUGAUCACGAUCGCAUCAAGGGCGCCAUGUAUACUCUGUUCUUCACUAGCUUAUUGAGGACGAUGGUCAAGGACUGGAGAUUUGCUCCGGACGCGCUCAAGCUAUACCUUCGUGCCGGCAAUAUCGACAAGCCCAGCAUCCAGCAGCUCAACGCGACGGCGCUCUUCCCUCUGCUGGACUUUGGCAAGCCCUUUGAGCGUAUGAUCAUCGUCAAUAAAGACUUUGUCGAGAAGAUUCGACCUUCAGACGACUGCUCCAAAGCUAUCGAUAGCCGCCACAACUUCAUUGUUCAACGUCGAGAGCGUGUCGAAAAGAAGAAGCUUGCGCUAGGCUUGGAGUUGACCGAAAUGGCCAGAGAAGCUCACUGGAAGAUUGCGUCUCGAUGCGCAAUCUUUGCCAGCAACAUGUGCUUGCGCUUCGAUACGGUCGCGCCCCCUGAGUUCAUUGCUUUGGUGACGGAGGGAAUCAACGACACUCAUCCUGGCUUGCGGUCCAGCUACAUGGCUGCAUUUACCAGCGUUUUCGAAGCUGUAGAGAUGCGUGCAGCCUAUGACCACACCUACCGCAAUUACCUGCUUGAGAAGGAAAAGGACCGGAACAAGAUCACGAUUGAGGUCCCCAAAGGCGAUGCAGCUUUCACGCAGAAGUACCUGGACGCUUUCGCCGGCAGCCCCGAGACCGCAGAGUACAUGGUCGACUCUGAUCAUCCUGGAUGGCUGGUUUGGGGCAAGAAGUUCCUCGCAUCCCGCGCGAGACCUAUGCCUUUCACUGACUACGACGAUACCGAGACAGCCGUCCGAAAGCAGAUCGGCCAACUGAUCACGAAGGAGUGGCUGAAGGCCUGUUUCGAGUAUCUCAAGCAGGAACCUCGCGACGCGAACGCUGAUAGAUUCCGCAUGGGUAAUGUGUACAUGCUGAUGCACGUGUUUGAUCUCAUGCAUUAUGGGGGCACAGCGAUCAAGCUAGACGACGUCAAAGAACUUACCACUGAAGUCUAUGGCGAUGGCAGCGACAAGCACCAGCACCGUGCUACGGCAGAGAUCAUUGCGGCGCUUCUCUGCGGAUCGAGCGACGAUCCGCCCGAGUUUCGCGAUAAAGUAUGGGGGUUUGCCGCGCCUCUGAUGCUGAAGGUCCUUAACGAGGACCUUACACCCGAGAACUUGCAGUACUGGGUCUCAUGUUUGCAUCUUACGGUCGACCCGAAAGAUCCGCGUAGGUCGCACGAGCUUGUUGACGCACUGAGUUCUUUCCGGUUGGAUAUGUCUUCCAAUGCUGCCUUCAAGGAGUCAAGCAAAGUCCAGGUACUAGAAUUCAUCAUCACGGACUCAGGCUGGCACUUCCGUCACGAGAAACCGAUCCUCGCAGACUUCCUCGCGCACAUUGAUCACCCCUACAAGACAGUGAGAGAAGCCAUGGGCCGUGUCAUUGCCACCAUCUACCGAACCCGCUAUCACGAAUCCUUCGAGAAUGUCGACAAGUUGCUGGAAGCCAACAAGUCGGCUUCAUCUCUCGGUCUUCGCCCAUACGAGGCAACCAAGGAGUUUUCUGAGACUGUGCUCGAGAUCUUCGAUCGUCUCGAGAAGUGGCGACAUGAGCGUACUCCCGGUCAACAGACACCUUCGUCCUACACCAGUGGUUCAAAGACUGUCUUGACAUGGCUUGACAGUACGUUGUCGUCACAGGAAUGCACCCAGUUGAUGCCAUUCUUCCCCGAACCUUUCAUGGAACAGCUUCUACACAUGAUGGACGUCAAGGAGGAUCCCGAGCUUAUGAGACUCGCCUACCACGUUUACCGUCAUCUACCGAACAUUCCUUUCAGAAUUGGUGAAGAUGGGGCUUUCAUUGAUGCACUGGUCCGCAUCGGCAAGUCUGCCACGAGCUGGCACCAGCGGCUGCGAUCCAUGGUAAACAUGCAAGUGAUUUACUUCCGUCGCCUAUUCCUCAUCGAGAAGAAGCAACGGGACAUCCUGUUCAACGCCGUCAGCGAUAUGCUCGCUGACCCUCAACUCGAAGUCCGGUCUUGUGCCUCGGCCACCUUGGCCGGCAUGAUUCGGUGCUCGCCAAAGCAAAUUCGCGAUCCCACCAUUGAUCUCCUCAAGAAACGCUUCGAGAACGAACUUCGGCUCAACCCGAUGCCCAAGAGGAAGCUCCCGGGAACCGAGACCCCCGUGGAUAACAACAAGCAGAUUGUGCGUCGUCACGCCGCUGUACUAGGUCUCGGUGCCCUCAUCGAGGCCUUCCCCUACGCUACACCGCCCCCGUCCUGGAUGCCGGAGGUGCUUCAAAUCCUUGCUACUCGUGCUGCCAGUGAUCCUGGCGUGGUUGGUAAGGCUACCAAAUCAAUCCUGUCCGACUUCAAGAAGACAAGACAAGAUAGCUGGAGUGUGGAUCAAAAGGUACAGUCCAUUACUUUGCCCCUUACCUCGCGUUGA